UUCCAGGGUUUUGGAUAAACAUUUACUAUAAUCUCAUGCCGACGACUUUCCAGUGCUUUGUCAGUACAUAACAAUGGAUGUUUUAAAUAUUCUAGCAGAUAACGUAUAUCUUCCAGCCCACGGAGAGUAAAAGCUCAAGUUUCUUUUCCGUUCUUUCUUGAUUGUGAACCAGACUCCGUCACGGAUUUUUCCCGCCAGUUUUUUCCGACGCUCUCUAUAUGUCCUAUGUAUUUACCAAAAUGUGGAACUGAGGCUUUAGAGUCUUUAUCAACUUUACGUUUCUUCACACUCACGUCGAUGAUAAAUGACCGUGCUACUGUUGCAGGGUCUUCGCUCGGAUUUCUAGAUUUUUGUCUGUAACAGAAGUUGUGUUGUUGGUUCCAAAAGUUGUACUCCGCGCCAAAAGCUUUCGUCGGGCGCACCCAUAACUACUUCUUCCUAAAACAGCGGAAAUGCUUGGCAUUGUGGGUGGAUCAAACCCGGAAGUGGGAACCGAUCAGACGGCUGUUGGGGAGCUGAGCCGGAGAAGCUGGUGCGUUGUGCAGGGUUUAAGACUGCCGUAUUUCCUCGCGUCUCGUCGCGACAGCAUGGCUCAGGCAGCUCUCUCCGACGGUGGGUUCGUCAGACUCGAGCUCAAGCACGCUAACUUGACAGGCCAUCCAGAGAAGGUUGGGAGAGAAAGCUUUGAGCUGCUCAAGGUUCUGGGAACUGGAGCCUAUGGAAAAGUCUUCCUGGUCAGGAAGAUCAGCGGCCACCAUGCCGGCAAACUGUUUGCGAUGAAGGUGUUGAAGAAGGCCACCAUCGUGCAGAAGUCCAAGACGGCAGAACACACCCGUACGGAGAGACAGGUGUUGGAGGCUGUCAGACAGUGUCCCUUCCUGGUCAAACUACACUACGCCUUCCAGACUGACGCUAAGCUUCACCUGGUCAUGGACUACAUCAGUGGGGGAGAACUCUUCACACACCUGUAUCAGCGGGAGUAUUUCACAGAAGCUGAGGUCAGGGUGUAUGCUGGAGAGGUGGUCCUGGCACUGGAGCAUCUACAUAAGCUGGGCAUCAUCUAUAGAGACAUCAAACUGGAGAAUAUCCUGUUGGACAAGGAGGGCCAUGUGGUACUGACUGACUUUGGACUCAGCAAGGAGUUCUUACCUGGCACAGAGGGUCGGGCUUACUCUUUCUGUGGGACCAUAGAGUACAUGGCACCUGAGGUUGUGAAGGGAGGCCACGAGGGACACAACAAGGCUGUUGACUGGUGGAGUUUGGGGGUUCUCAUUUAUGAACUCCUGACUGGAGCCUCACCUUUCACUGUGGAAGGAGAGAAAAAUUCACAAUCAGAAAUUUCCAAGAGAAUACUGAAGACUAACCCCCCACUGUCCAGAAGUUUCUCCACGGAGGUGAAGGACCUCCUGAUGAAGCUGCUGAUGAAGGAUCCACAGAGCAGAUUAGGGUCAGGCUCACGGGGGGCCGAGGAGGUCAAGGAACACCCCUUCUUCAAGGGUAUAAGCUGGGAAGACUUGUCGGCCAAACGUGUGCCGGCACCCUUCACCCCCAUCAUCACUAACGAGAUGGACACCAGUAACUUUUCAGAGGAGUUCACAGACAUGACUCCCACAGACUCCCCCGCAGCUGUGCCAAAAACAGCAGACAGAAUCUUCAAGGGCUAUUCCUAUGUUGCGCCGUCCAUUCUCUUUGGACCCAACGCCAUCACUGUUAACGACAUCUUAAGGCCUCCGCCAAACCCAGACAAACCUGGCACGUCAUCUGUCAGGAUGGCGGCAACACAUCUUAAGGAUUCUCCAUUCUUCUUGAACUAUGAGAUGGAUCUCCAAGAAGGGCUACUGGGGGACGGAUCCUUCUCCGUGUGCCGUCGCUGUCGGUCCAAGAAGACGGGGGAGGACUACGCAGUGAAAAUCGUGAGCCGGCGUGCGGUGGGUGUGGCGCGAGAGAUCCAGUGCCUGCAGCAGUGCCAGGGUCACCCCAACAUUGUGAAACUUGUGGACGUUUUUCACGACCAGGUUCAUUCCUACAUCGUGUUGGAACUGUUGAAGGGCGGAGAACUGUUGGACAGAAUACGGAAGAAACAGCAGUUCACGGAGGUAGAGGCCAGUCUCAUCAUGAAGAGGCUGGUGUCAGCCGUCAACUACAUGCACCAGAGAGGAGUCGUGCACAGGGACUUAAAACCAGAGAACCUUCUAUUUGCCAGUGAAUCGGACGAUGCAGAGUUGAAGAUCGUGGACUUUGGUUUUGCCAAGCUGAAGCCUGAGAACCAGCCGCUGACCACGCCCUGCUUCACCCUGCACUACGCUGCGCCCGAGGUACUGAAGGAUGAUGGGUAUGACGAGUCAUGUGACCUAUGGAGUCUUGGGGUCAUCUUGUACACAAUGCUGUCUGGGAAGGUACCAUUCCAGCCGUCUGCAGGGAGGGGCGGGGAGAACCACGCCGCAGACAUCAUGAAGAGAAUCAAGAGUGGAGACUUCUCCCUGAGUGGGGAGGAGUGGGACCAGGUCUCCCAGCCAGCCAAGUGUCUUAUCCAAGGCCUUCUCACAGUGGACCCCUCCAGGAGAUUCACCAUGACGGCGCUGCGGAACCAUGACUGGCUGCAGGGCAACAAGAGCCACUCGUCCACCCCGCUCAUGACACCGGACGUGCUGGAGUACAGCAGCGGGAAGAUGUCCAAGGCCGUCAAACACACCUGGGACGCCUUCUUCAUGGUCGCACGGGAGGGCUUCCAGCUGCAGGACGUGGACAACGCGCCGCUCGCCAAGCGGAGGAAGAUGAAGAAGACAAGCUCCACGGAGACGCGCAGCAGCUCCAGCGAGAGCAGCCACUCCCCGCAGGGCCCCACGCCGCCCACCGUGUUCAUCAACCCGCUCAUCCCCACAACAAGCAGCAGUGUGCCCAGUCAACAAGUAACAAUGCUUCCUGCAAUACGGCCGGCAGCAAAUACAAACUCUCACAGUAAACCCGAACCCGCACCACUUCUGAACAGUCUCAUGUCGUCCACUGUACCUGCGUUACAUCCCAGCAUGCUGGUUUCCUCCGUCUUACCCCCAGGUCAGCAUGCUGCACACGUGGAACCAGUACAACCCACGUCGACGGGAUUCACCGUGGUCGGCAGCGAUCCCUUUCAGACUAAGAAGCAACAGGUUGCCCCCCUCCCACACAUAAAUCAAGGUCACUUCCAGAGUAGCGCUCAAGAAACCUCCCCACACAGGAGUCAAGUCUCACAGGCCACCCUCAACAAGGGGUUGAAUCCACCAGAGGCAAAGAGGACUACGUGACAAAAACAUUGUUGACAAACUUGUGAACUCAGUUUUGCCUUCCCACGCUGCAAGGCACACAGGAAGCAAAAUGUGAAUUGAUUUCUCAAGGACGGGAGGUCCAUUUUCCAACAAUUUCUAAUAAUUGUUUAUUAAAUCUCAGAAAUGAUUUUAGGAUACAGAACUUGAUAUAUACAGUUACUAAACCUAAAAAAUUAAAUGGUUUUUGUCUAGUUUAUGUCUAGUUUAUGCAAGUACUUGAAUGUUGCUUUAUUUCUUUGCUGCAUUUUUAGACAAGGAUAGCUUCUCACAUGUACAGUAGUAUCCCAGUUGGUUGGAGAAUUCUUUUGAUAAUCAUUUUCAUAGCAUCCAAAACACAGUUUUAGACUUUGUGACACAUGGCUUGAAGUUAAUUUUUUGGGAAUAGGUACACUUGCACACUUAGCCUAUAGUAUUUAGUUGCACAGAGAAGAUUUUGAGUGUGCAUCAUGUAAUACAACAAAGGAUUUUAGAUUUUGUAUUUUUUCUGACACUUGAAUGUCAAAAACAUGCUGUGUACUAAAUGUGUACAGUACUUAAGUUUACACCUUUACAUAAUGUGACCUACACGUAUAUCAAGGUGCACCAGUGCAUCCACAAUCAAAAAUUACAUGUAGGUGCACAGUUCCAAUUUCGGUUGCACAAAAGUGCAUUAUGCACCCAGUAUGCCAAGCCCUGAUAGUGAUUAGGAAAGAUGGAUAUUGAAUGAGAUACAUUUAAGUAGAAACCUUUGUACACACAACAAAAAUAGGUCAUUUAGAAAGGUUUUGCAGCAAGUUUCUUUCUGAUACACUAUGCAGAUUGAACUUUUUAUUUCUCGUGAUUUUGUACCCACACUUUUAUUUACAACAAUUAAUGUUAGCUCCAUUUUUUUGCUUAACCAAACUUUUACCUUGUACUUAAUUUUUCAUUGAUAAUUAAAAACAUUGUACUUUUUAUUCAUGUUAGAUAUACCACAUGAUUGGUUCCAUUGUAAAAGUGAUUGGUUCAAAGCAAUAACUGUCAGGACAAUUUAAACCUGAGUAUGGACGAUUGAUGAUAUCCUUAGAGAUAUUGUGAUUUUUGAAACAAUAAUAUUACGUUUUAUUGAUAUGGAAAGAGAUAUCAGAAAUUUCAUUAAGAUGAUGUUAAUAUAUAGAUUUAUUAUCAUGCAUCAUGCUUUUUAGACAUAGUGUAUAUACAUAUUAUAUAUAUAUAUAUAUAUAUCGAAAUGAUUUGUUUGUAGAUGUACAUGUAAUAACCAUGGCAUUUUUAUACAGGGUGUUACUUCACAGGUUUAAAGUAAUUCACCACAAUAGUAUUAAACAAGUCAAACUCAUGGCCUUAAUAUAUGAAACUGUAGUGGUGGAUUGUGGCCAUAGCUUUGUUGUACUAGGUCCUAGUAAUACUAGUGUUUACAAAAAUAAAGUGGUAUGUAAUGCUUCAUUGGUGCUGCAUUGAUGCUGUACUGGUUUGACAUUAAUGCUAGCUCAGUCCAGCUCCUUUGGCAAUUCAGCAUUACUGAUAAUACUGCCCCAAUCCAUUAAUCAAUUGUUUUUCAAGAUUGCAGCAAAGUAUAUUUCAUUUGGAUCAAGGUUUAGCUCACUUGAUAGUUUAGGGAAUGGUAACAUGGACAAUUACAGUGAAGUUAAGAUGGCAGUUGGCACCAAUGCUUGACUAAAGCAGGCAAUCAAAACUUUAUGAAAUAAUAGGGCAGUGUUACACAAGUUUGCUACCAAUACUAUUAUACCACAACUGUCAACAAACCAUCAUAAAGUUACUACAUACUUUUUAGUUUAAGUGGCGUAGUUACACACAAAAAAAUUGAAUACUCAAGCUGCUAGGCUACUUCAUUUUUAGACUAAUAAAGCUCUAAAAGGAAGUGUGUUUUGAGGUAUGUAUAUUCUUCCUUUUACUAUGAGUAGUAAUUUCAUAUUUGUAUCUGAAGCUGUCAUUUUUUUUCUUGAAGUUGUAACAAAACUGUAAUGAUGGGCUGUAGAAGUACCAAAGAGUGAGAUGCAUAUAUACAAUGUGCGCUAGGCCAACCCUUUGAGACCAAAAUUCCUGGGCCGAAAAACGUUUCCCGUCUAAUGUACAUGUAACCUUUUGGCCACAAAUUUUGUAUUCCUUACAUCGUAUAUUUGAAAAGAAUGAAAUUAAAUUUAUUUUUAAAAAAUCAAAGCUAUGAUUUAGUUACUCCAUUAAAAAGAGUGACAAAUUUAAAGAUUUAUUCCUAGAAGUCACAUUAGUCUCCCAUAUUCGUCCAUUUUAUCAGAUUAUUCAAACUCCCAUGCCUUUCAAAGAAAUUGUUUCAGAAUUGCUCUUCCCUAUCAGCUUUUGUAAUGGAAUGGCCCAGAGAUCACUGAAGCAAUAGUAUUUGUUGCACAUCAGAGGUUUGUCAUUAUCCUAUAUAUAGGGCUUGAUUGUAAUUAUGUAAAUACCUCUAUUAUGUAUUGUGAAUAAUUGAAACAAAACAUAGAUCUGGUUCUGAAGUUGAUUCAGGAGCCAUGUGGAUGGUAUGUACGUGGACAUGUCAAGAAGGAACACUUUGAUGCCAUGUUCUUGUUUAUUCUUCCUGCAUCUAAGGAAUGUAUAUUUGUACCUUGCAUCUCUACAUAUUAUACUUCUUUCACAUGA